GUGAUACAUUGAUACUAACAAACGCAAUGCUGUACGUCAGUGGGUGGUUUUCGACGUUAUCAGCGCUUUAUCUCGGCCUGAGCUGUGUUUGUUUAACAUUACGUGUGACAGUUUAGUGUUGAAUAACUCAGCUGUGCUGACAGUCUGCUUUAUUGUUCUCAGUUUUUUGAUCUUUUUUAUUCAGUGUGAAGAUUUAAUUUUUUUUUAAUAAUUUUACUACAAAAAAUUGUUUUGCAUAUAAUCAAUACUUUUUAAUUAUUCUGUUUAAAUUUAAAAGAUUAAGGUAUGAAGGGUCCUUUACGUCCAGCACCUUCAGUUCCACCGCUGAAUAGUGUGAAUCGCUACUCACCAGUCACCAAUUGGAAUGAUGACCCAUUCGGAGCUGAUGUCUUUGAGCCUACACCACAGUUUGCACAGAAAAAGAUGCCCCCACCUCGCCCACCACCACCAAAACUCUCCAGACAGCCGGAUGUGCCAGCUAAACCUUCACAUUUCAUCCGGAAACCGACCGUUCUUACAUCACUUCUAUCACGUAAAAGCAAAACGGUGACACAAAACACAACAGUGAAGCAACAGAUUGUGAACACAGAUUACGGAAGUGCAGUAGACACUAGUAAAAUGUUUCCUAAAUGUGAAACAAGGAAUGUGCAAACUGGAGCAUUGAUCGAUUUCUCAUCUCCACCGAGCUCACCAACGUUCACCACUAGGUCUAGUAGUGACGGUCUGAGUGUAGAUAGCUUUGGUUCUGAUGCUACUACCUCCACAAAUCAUCACAAUCACAUCAACGGUGGCAAUGUAUCCCAACCGGAGAGUGGAUUUGAAGACGAUUUCGAUUUAUUCUUAAACAAUAGAAAACAGAUACAUAAAGACGAUACUUUAGAUGAUUUGUUCAUAGCAGAUCCAUUCUCACCGCAGCCUUUAUCAAAGCCGCCUAUUAUGAAGAAGCCAGUGUUAAGUAGAGAUAUUUAUGAUACUACAAGUAAUAUUCAAACUUCAGUGUUCAAAGGGCCAACGAUAAUAAGAGCAAAACCAGCCAGGCCCAAACCACCUGAUAGCUCUGCGAUAUUGAAAAGUACAUUAGGCAAUAAUUUGGCAGCAUCUUUUAUGAAUGUGAACACAACGGUCCCUAUACAGAAAAUUUGCAGUGGAUUUGGAGAUUAUGACUCGAAGUCAUUCAGUUGGGAUGACGACAGUUCACCGGAGAGGGAACCUUCACCUCCUAUGCCGACGAUACCUCCUCCUCCACCGCCAGUAGUCGACGACGACCCCACCUGGCCAGAAGACGUCCAAGACUUCUUAUCCCAGAACGUUCUAGAAGAUAUAGAAGACACGAUACCAUAUGCUGUCGCUUUAUUCGACUAUUUUACAGAUCACGAAGAAGAUUUAUGUUUUUCGGCUAACUCGAAGAUAUAUCUUCUAAGGCGAGUCAACGAGGAGUGGCUGUCUGGCAGAUUAAAAAAUGGCGUUGAAGGUCUUUUUCCGUCCAAUUAUGUAGAGAUCAAAGUGCCCUUACCAAAUGAUAGUCCAACACAACCGAUACUUGGUGAAGCUAUCGCAUUAUACGACUUCGAUCCGGUGCAAACCGGUGAUUUGCGGUUUUUAACAGGCGAUAGUAUACGAGUUAUGCAGAAAUUGAACGAAGAAUGGUACUUCGGUGAGUGUAAUGGCGUAAAAGGUCAAUUUCCAGCGAAUUACAUUCAAAUGAGUUGAAUAAGGUGUAAUAUAUUAAUUUUUAAGUUUUUUUAUUGGGAAAAAAAGGUUCAUAACAAAAGUGCGCGUAUAAUCAAGGUUGAGUCUUACUUGUUUUUCUGCGGCAUAUAAAAAAAUUGGACGUGAUUAUAGGAUGAUAACUUAAGAAUAAGGGCAAUAAAAUUUUUGGAAUUGUAGGUUUAAAAUUAACUAGUUUCAUCUUUUUUUUAAAUUACUGUAUACAAAUACUGUAUAUAAUUUACCGGUUUAUCUAUUUUUCAUAGUAUUUAUGUUCAGGUAUAAAUGUAAAUUCCAAUGAACGCAACGAUGUGAUAUUAAUUUGUUACGAAUGGAGACUGGCAAUGAGCACAUACCGCGUCAAGCCGCUCAGGAUUUAUAUGGAUUCCUACUUUAUGUGUUACGUAAACAAUAAUUUUAUUCAUCACAGUAUAAUUUGAAUGAAAAGCACGUAUUUCACGAAUAUUUUUUUAUGAAUUCUGCAAAACUUAAAUUAUUUGUGUUAAUUAAAACGGUGCUAACUAAUCUUAAAAGUCAACUUUAUUACUAAACAUUAGCUAAAAUACUGUAGGCGUUCAUAAUACAUAAUUGCUUCGAUGCAGAUCAUUUGGAUAUAUCUGUUAUAUGUAUUUAAGCUGUGUUGCCACUGAAUAUUAUGAAUCAUACAAAAUGAACUGGAUUUAGGUUAAUUUAAUAGCAAUGUAAUACCACCCUCACUGAAAAAAUCGACUGCAUUGACGUUUGUAAAUAAGCUUUAAACCGGUUUAAAAGUUCAGUUCAUACAGACUUGUACCGUUGAUCUACAGCUCAACAACUAAAGCCUGGUUCACACUUGGCCAGUACAGUUAAUCGCUUAAGCUCAUUUACACCAGUGAGUCCAUACAAUCUAUGACUGGCCGUCGCAACUGUCCAACUGUAUUGGCCUAUGUGUACGGCGCAUAACAAUGUGAGCCGACCCUCGAGCUGCAGUGACUCGCAGUUCACAACUUGUUAAACUGAUGUUUAAAUCAUUUUGUGUCAUCAGUAUGUUUAAUAUGUAUAUCUUUAAAAAGGAAUAUUAUGUAAUUUUUUUAAUUGUUAUUUUUAAUGUGCAAUAAUAGAAAAUUAUCAUUUGUACAGAUAAAUGUCAAAGUUAAAAACGUUUGCUUUAAAUGACAUGAUCGAUUUGUCAAUUUGUAUUUCCAGCCGCACUCAGAGCAAUCACAUGGCCACUGAAGGAAGUCCCUAAGUGUAGAUUUAGUGUAUAAAUUAACUCUUAGACUGCUUAAGUAACUCAGGCUCUGAUUGCGGAGAAUUGUAAAAAAUAAUUUAACAUUUGUUCACAUGUUAUUUUAAAUUAUUUAUGUAUUUUUCUAUUGAAUUAAUUUUGUAACUGGCAACUGAACGCAGUACAAUGUCGCACCUUUAUAUCCAGUGUUGCCAUAUAACAUAAGUAUACUCUAACUAGCUUUACCAUUUAUUUUUACAUUAAAUAUUUGACAUCAAAUGUCAUAGCUCUUAACAACACAGAGAGAAAUAUUACGUGACUUUGUAAAUAUGCACAAAAUGAGCAUAUACUGGAGUCAGUGUUUUAAUAGAGAUGGGUAAUAAAAUACCGAGAUUUAUAAAUCGAAGCUUUUCAAUUCUUUAAUAUAAUGAAAAGAACAAUUAAAUUGAACGGGAUUGUAUCAAAGCAUAACUUAAAGAAAGGGAGAGAUAUAAUUGAUUUUGAGUGCUAUAAAUUAAUUUUGCACAAAUCAAUUUUAUUUUCUGUACAUUAACGUUCGCGUUAAAUUCAGUUGUCGAUGUUUUUUCGAUGCUAUAACAUCGAUAUAUUAACGGAACAUCUCUACGAUAGAUGUUUAAUAUGAAUUCCAGUAUAUGUUCCAUUCGUGUUUGUAAAAUCAACAUAUAAAUAUAGUAUGUAAAGGUUGUGUGUAGUCUCGAAUUGAUCUGAUAAUUAGGAUAAUUCAUUAUUAAAAUAUCAACUGUUUUGCUUGUUAAGUCCAGUGUGAUUGUAUCCAUAUACUUUGUUAGACCAAAGUGUGGUUUACUGUAUUUAAGUAUUAUUUUUUUAUGUUUUUUGAAAUUAAUCAUGGAGACAAUGUCGAAAAUAAUGAAUUACAUAGCUUUAAAAUUUGGUUAUUUUAUAAGUUGUAUAUGUAUGUAUAGCUUCAUAUUUUUUGUGUCAUUUAUUUGUAAGUAGUUUUAAUUGUUUUUUUUUUUGGUGGGACCAUAACACAAAGUGCCUUCAGCAGGUAUUUUUAACUCCAAUUAUAUGUAUAAUGUGAUCUAAUUUAUAAUAAAAUCUAAUGCGGAUGUG